AUGAGCAGGAGGUUGCGCAGCGGACGCAACUACGACGCAUCCGAGGUUCCUACCGCCCCCAAGAGACGGGCCGAUAAGCGCAUGGCUCCGAAAACAGCCAACCGCGUGGAACCCGAGACGUCGAACAAGACCACUGAUGAGCAAGCGAUUGUACCAGCGAGAAGAGUACAGCUCACCUUUGGCACCAUGCCCCAAGGCGCAAGAGAGCCUGGCGAGCGCAUGGUAGUGCUGGGUGUCGGGAAGCGCCAGGGAAUAGCCUUCGCCGACACCGAGGGAGUCAAGUUAUCUCCCUCGGCCUAUGUGGCCCUCACGCAACGAGCCCCACCUAUCCGGAAGGUGUUGAGCUGGCCGUUGCCGAUUAAAGAGACCCGCCGAGAAGCGGAUGCCCCCAUGAACAGGGAAGCGACCUCAGAACAGAGCGUCGAACUCGUCGAGCGAGCGUCGGUCGAGCAGACAAGCGCUCCCGCAUAUGCUGACGACCAGCGAGCAACUUCGGAAGUCCCUACGACCCCCAACAUAGGCGCGGAAAGUAGGAGGGAAUCGGACGACGAGAUAUUCGUAACGGCUAGGACGAGCCGUGUACUAAAUGAGAGCAUCGUCCUGGAUGAUGACGGCAAGCCCGUGUUAGCGCAAUAUAUAGUUAUUGAUGAGAAGGAAAGCGAGACACCUUCCAAGAAUAGUAAGCGCAAGCGUACCCGCCGUAAGUCUAAGGGUAAAGGCAAGGAAAAAGAGCUGGACAUCAGUGUCAGCACCGAAUCCAAGUCUACGGCUAAUCAUGAGGGCCUCACCUGGGACAAAGAGGUACGCCGAGCCAAUGGCAACGACGGGGGCCCAGGCGAUGUUGAGGAACUACCAGACGUUAGCGACUGGGUUAAUCCUAACUGGUCACGAUCGGAUUACAUACCCACGAGUGAAGGAGAUUGUACCAAAGCUGAAAGCGGAAACGGAAGCGUCGAAGUAAACGCGCUGAUAUACGAGCUGGCGGAUGAGUACGCAUUUGAUGAUGAGGAGUAUGCAUCAGUACUCCGGAACCUGAGGAGCUCCAAAAGGUCAGAAAGCACUCACAGUCAGACAAGGGGGGCUGGACCAUCGAGACAACCGCGCGUUACAAUCAAGGAAGUCGAUAGCGGGUCAGAGGACACAACAACAAGUCGCACCAGGUCACACAAGAGUAAGGGAAAGGCAAAGGCUAAGGCUAAAGGCAAGAAGAGGAAACGUCCUAGCCUGGGAGCCGCAUUGGAUGACCUAGAAGGGACGCGAGAGCGUCACGUACAACAAACAGACCCCCAAAGCACGCCAAACGCAUACAGGGGCGGGGGAUACCUGGAGGGUAUCAUAGAAUCAACCCCGGCUAGGAAGUCUAAGACGGAUAGCGAUGAGACUGAAUCCACGCAUACAAGCAGGUAUGGAGGUGGGGGACCUCCAGAUCCAUCAGAUAGUGGAUCCAAAACAGCCAACUCGUCCGACUCAAGCUGGACCGAAUCGUUGGCACGAUUGCGCGAUGAUAACCGUUGGAGGAAUAGACAGCUGGAGGAAUUAGUUGCAAAGCUCAAGAAGCAAAACAAGAAACUUGAGCAAAAGGUGGUCACGCAAGCGCGAUCAGGAUACAAGGCACAGUCACCCAAGACGUAUAAGGGCAAAGCGGACAUUGACAAGCUGGAUAUGUUCAUAUUCAAUUUCAAGGACGACAUGAGGAAGUUGUAUAAUGAAAAGAAGCAGGGAGAUUUGGGCGUGCAAGAUUAUUUUGCCAAAUUGGCUUGCUUACGAAGACGCUUACGGGAAGUCACAGACCACCAACAUGUGCUGAGAGUUUGGGACGGUGCAGCCCAAUAUAUUAAAGUGGGAUGGGCACUCAAAGGCAUGAGACCGGAAGCGACUACAUGCAAAACAUUGCAAGAAACAGCGCUGGACAUAGAGCGCGCGCACAAGUACAAACGGUCAAUUGAGAAAUUGGGAAAUGAGAAAUUGGGAUCAAGAAGGAACCAAUUGCGUAGUCCUUUGCAAAAGCAUGACCGUGCUUCUAAUUACAAGAACCCAGGGGACAAUCAAAGUGGCAGAAACCGCGGCAAUAACAAAGGGACUGGAUACAACAGUAACAGUAACGGUAACCGGCAGAACAAGCACCCAAACAAAUACAUGCGCGGCGGACAGGCAAAAGGCCGCGACGGACAGGAGAACCAGCAAAGAAAGCUUACCAACAAGAAGAAAGCCAAAUUGAGGGCGGCUGGGCUCUGUUUUGAAUGCAAACGAUUGGGUCACCUGUCCAAGGAUUGCCCAAAGUUCCACAAGGCCAAACCGUUGCAUGUCAACGCAAACGCGGUUAAAGUACGCCCCAAGAGCAAGGUCAGGGUGUUGUUGGUCAUGCUCAAAGAGCUAGACAAACUCACCAGGCUGAAGGAAAAAAUUGAGAUCAACGCAGUAGGCGUUGGGCGGAAGAACAAAGAACUGGGACCAAAACAUGUUGAGCGAAACGCUAUCAAGGUUAAGGACCACACGAGGAAGGUCCUGAACACGCUGAUAGUUGAAGCCAAGCUCGAAGGCAAGUCUGUUUGCGUACUGUUAGAUUUGGGAUGUCAGACUGACAUGGUAUCCACAACCAUUGUUGACCAACUCAGAUUACCAAAAGUGAAACUCACAAAACCGCUGCAAGUACAGUUGGCAAUGGCAGGGUUGCGAGGGACGCUACAUUAUGGUGUGAAAGCUAGAAUAGAAUACCAAGGAAUUGAUGAGUAUCAAGAUUUUGAUGUGGGGAAUUUAGACAACUACGACUUGAUAUUGGGAACACCAUUCCUAUUCCAACAUAGCGUACAACUAAGUUUCAACCCAUACGGGGUAUACAUCGGCUCUACAAAAUCCCUACCACUUGAUGGGGAGCAGGUUAUACAGAUUAACUUGUUGUCCGCAGACAUUGUGGGACUGCGAAUGGCGGAACUACGUGACAUGCUCAGAAGUGAGGCGAUGAGCGUGUGCAAACCUCAGGACGGAAACACGCCCCUGCCGCCGUUCCAAGCAAUAAACCACCGAAUACCUCUGGUGGAUGAGCAGAGAACGUACCGCUUUAGACCCUCGAGAUGUCCCGAAGCGCUUAAAGGACAAUUUGAGUCAAAGGCGAGGGAAUACUUGGGAUCGGGACGCUGGAAGCAUAGUACUGGCUCAAACGCGAUACCAAUGUUAUUCAUACCCAAGAAGAAAGACGGAAGUAUUGAGCUACGCACCGUGUUAGACAAGCGCAAACAAAACGCAAAUACGGUGAAAAUGGCAUCACCAUUGCUGUUACCCAAAGAUAUCCUUGCCAAAGUCAGUAGGCAUAAGUAUCAAACGCUACUGGACGGGAAGGACGCUUACAAGCAAAUUCAGGUGGUACCCAAAGACAUGCAUAAGACAUUGUUCCACACGCCUAUGGGGACUAUGGUUAGUCACGUAAUGCAGCAGGGGGACUGUAACGCGGGCGCAACAUACCAAGCGCUGAUGAACCACAUUUUUGCGCCGUAUAUAGGAGUAUUUAUGUUCGUGUACCUAGACAACAUAGUGAUAUUCUCAGAUACAAUAGAAGAACACGUUAAACAUAUUCGUACCAUAUUGGGGGUGCUCAAGCGCAAGAGACUCUUCCUGAGUCCAAGUAAGAUGCAGUUCUUCACGGAAGAAUUGCGUAUACUGGGGCAUAUAGUCAACAAGAAGGGGAUCAGAAUGGACCCGCAUAAAGUCAACUUGGUGUCCAAGUGGAAGACGCCUGAAUCAAAAGAACAAUUAGCUAGCUUUCUAGGUGCGGUUGGAUACCUAGCACCAAACUGUCCAGGUAUUUGCAUACCAAUGGCGCCGUUGGCUAAGAGAGCAAGUGGCAACACACCAUUCAGAUGGGGAGGCACCGAGGAACGUGCCUUCCGUGACACAAUUAAACUGGUGGAAGAAUUCCGUGAUAGACAUUGCGUGGCGCUCAAAUAUGGCAAGAACGAGUCACCCAUAUACCUAAUUACAGACGCUAGCUUGACAGGGGCGAGCGGACUAGUAAGCCAAGGCAAAGAGUGGCAAACAGCGCAAGUAGCCGCGUUCUGGUCCGCCAAGUUCACCACGGCUCAACAGAACUACUCAGUCACGGACCGGGAAGCGUUAGCUGUGGUGUGUUCAUUGGAUAAAUUUGGACCGUUACUACAUGGGGUAGAGUUUACAAUACUCAGCGAUCACAAGGCACUGGAGUACCUACAGACUCAGAAGGAUCUUAACCCGCAACAAAUACGAAUGUCAGAGAAACUGAGUCAGUUCAAUUGCACAAUUAAAUACAUUGAGGGAUCAAAAAACGUCCUUGCGGACGCCCUAUUGCAAAUGUAUAGUGAGGAUAGGAAAGGCACAGAGCGUGCGGAGAGCAAGUUUGUACCAGACUACGAGGAGGGAGACAACAUACGGGACGCACGCACGCGUAACCAAUCAGUGACCCGACCAGUAGUAACUGGAAUGGCAGCCAAGGUGGCGAGUGAGAGCCAGACCAUGUCGGCAGGCGUCCAACGGAACCCGGAGCGCAAAAGAGUGGCCCCGGUUUGCUACGACCCGGAAAUACCGGGAAGAGCGGGGCAAAGGAUCAGGGCACCACAUAACCAAGGAAAUGAGCGCGUGAAAGAAAAUUGGAACCCCGACAUACGUGAUGAAUUUGUUGGGGAACAAAUUGCGGAAGAGGACUUGAGAGAAACCAAGCCCAAUGAAAGAGAAGAGACCUCACCAACAAGCGCUGAGCUGGAGGGCGGGAGUUGGGCGGACAACAAACAAGACAAGUGGGACCCGUUAGACCGCUCAGAUCACCAACAGAUCACAACGCUGGUGAAAGAGUUAGACGUGAAUGAGGCAAUAGCAAACAGCUACCAGAGUGACAAGGAUUACGCAAGAAUAGUGAAUGAACCAUUGCGUUUUGCUCAAUUCAAGCUAUGCAACAAUUUACUAUAUUUCACAGAACACGGUAGGAUGUACCUAUGCGUCCCAGACACCACGGUUGGGGAAUGGCACAUAAGGACAUUACUGAUAUCACACGCGCACUUGAUAGUGUCACACCUAGGAUACAAGAAGACAUACGCAUAUAUGAGGGAAAGUCUAUAUUGGAAAAAUAUGGCUAAAGACGUGGAGAAAUUCUGUGCAGCAUGCGUGUCUUGCGCAUCAUCCAAGAAGUUGACUCAGAAACUGUACGGGCUGCUGAAACCAUUACCAGUACCCAAAUACCUGUGGGCACAGAUUGGCGUCGAUUUCCUGGGACCAUUAACGGAAUCCGCAACCCUACUGGGUAAAUUUGACAUGGUAUGCGUGGUAAUCGACCACCUUACGUGCAUGGCGCACUUGAUACCAACAAGGUUGGACUACAUGGCCCGCAACAUGGCCAAGGUAUUUCACGCAAAUGUCUUUAGGCUGCAUGGGGUACCCGAGAUCAUCAUUAGCAAUAGAGACAAGCUAUUUACAUUGAUCUUCUGGAAGACGCUCUAUGAACUAUUAGGUACCAAACUGAGACUGUUGUUGGCGUUCCACCCACAGACAGACGGGCAGACCAAAAGACUCAUACGCACGAUACUGGCACUGAUACGCGUGUGCAUAAACCCAGCGUUGAGAGACUGGGCAACCAAAUUACCUAGUAUUGAGUUUGCAGUAAACUUGGCUAGAUUGGAGACCACCGGGUUCAGUCCAUUUGCACUGAAUUACGGACAAACCCCACGUCCAAUAUUAGUGCAAACCAAUACUGACAUGUACGGGGUACGCAACGCGGCCCGCAACAUCAAAUACGCACUAAUGAUAGCACACAAUGCCAUCAUUGGUUUGCGAAUAAGUCAGAUGGUCAAAGCUAACAGGCAUAAAAGACCUUCACCAUUUAAGACCAACGACUUAGUAUAUGUUAGUACCAAGAACAUGAGAGUGCCGCUGGGGAAACCACACAAGUUAUUGGCGCAAUGGAUUGGGCCAGUAAGAAUAGACGGUGUGGUCAAGGAAGGGGCCACUUACCACGUAGAGUUGCCCAACAACUUGAAGCAAAGAGGAAUAAAGCCAAUAUUCCACGCGUUGCUACUGAAACCACAUGUACCAUAUGAGGAUUGUUGCUUCCCGGGAAGGAACUACAAGCAGAUAGCCUCCUUAGAAGCCAAUGAUGAUGAAUGGGCAGUUGAGCGGAUAGGCGGACAUUGCGGCAAGGGGAAUAACGCAAUGUUUGAGAUAGUAUGGCAAUUGGGAGACCGUACCUGGGAAUCAUACCGCGUGGUACGGCACCUUGAGGCCCUAAGACAAUAUUUCGAAGCCUUAGGGAUCAGCCGCACUAAAGAGCUACCGUGGAAAGAAGACGGGGAAGUACCGUACAAUGAACUUAGUGAUAGUGGGUCUGAAACCCUCAAAUGCGCAAGCGUAAGGGUACUUAAGGAAGCAAUAUGGGAACCUCAACCGGUCAUCAGCACCAUAUCUCACUGCCUAAGACUAGAUCCUUUAUUAUCACACUUGACUCUAUCUACAAAAUGUACCACGGCCGGCAAAGACGCCGCAGUUGCAACCAAGAACAACAGCGGGAUGCACCACCAGCGUACAACCCAGGACCCAACGAACAAGUCAAUGCAGGCUUACUACGGCUGCUCAACAUGGUGGCCCAGACCAGCCUCAAAACCGUUAGGGCAAGAAACGCCCCACUCCCCCAAAGGGGAAGGCAAGGACAGUUUGGGAGGCCAAACAUGGCCAGGUCCCCGCAUGUUGGGAGAGGUCAGAUGGACCUGUACAAAGGUAUUAUUGGCGUCAGUACCAAUGGGCCAUUGCGUGCACGACCAAGAGAGCGGACUUACCAAGGGUCAUCUACAGGAAGACGCCUUAAACGGCGACGCACUCGACUUAAUGCUAGGAAUUGCGGCCGAUCACCUACCAGAAGCACGUUGGCCUCCCAGUCUAGCAAGGGAUCCACCGUACAAGGAAGAAGUACCUCAACCAAGCACGGACAAAGAACGCAAACGGGAAGAAAACAAGCGCGUACCCAAUCCAGUCCCUACAACCCUACCGGAUCCGGUCGAGAGGGGACCGGCGAAUCAUCCAAGGAGACCAGCGACGGAACCAACCCAGGCGGGGACAAUUGGACAGCAAGUCAACAAACUGGCAAGGAAGGUAUUGCUGGCAAUUCUCUUGGUCGAGAACGUCAUAUCAGUAACCACAACUCUAAGCAAACGCGUGAAGAGGACUCACCAGCGGGUCAUAGACAGGGAGUGGGACAUCAUGGAAGACAUGUCCCGUAUUGCGCUUCAAGCACUAAGGAUAGAAGACAAACCCAGGAUUGGGGACGCAAACUACCCCCAGGAGCUGAUCAGGAGGGCGUAUCCCAUGCCCCAGAUGCCAGAGUUGACGGAGAGGGGGGAACAAGGCGACUUUGAGACACUACGUACUGUCAAGGCUCCCAAAUCCAGCAUUGGAGAGGACAAGGACAAGCCCUCACCUGGUAGCAACGCAGGAGCCGAGCCGGCCAUUGUUGGCGACCAAGACGACCCAGAUGUCCGCGAUGCCACUGACCACGUUGCCAAGUGGACCAACCUUGGGCCAGACAUCAAGAUGUGGGACGCCGACAAGGGACUCAAGACCAUUGAGCCUGAACAACCUUGCAUCUCCCCAAGGAAGCUUGAACUCAAGCAAUCUUCUACGCGUCGAGGAUCUGAUCAAAACGACGGAAAAGGAGGAGAGCAAACCAACGGAGGAAAGGGAAGGAAGUGA